UCAGUCUUCGCUUGGCCAACGGCAGUGACGGUGCCCCUCGGAAAAAUCGCUUGGAGCGAAAAAUCCAAGAAAAUCCCAGCGCGCGAGUGCUAGAAAAUAUUUGAAACAUCUGCAAUAAAUCAAGGAAAUAAUAGAGUGGGCAAUGUCGGGUGUUUUAAUGCUUCUGGCCUUGUUGGCCCUGGUCUCCAACGGCGCCGCCAUCAAGUGCUUCGUCUGCGAUUCGAGUGAUAAUCCCAGUUGCUCGGACCUGGGAUCCAAUUCCAGCAUAGUGCCAGAAGAAUGCACAUUGGACAAAAUGCGAUCCCUGGACACCUGGCUCUUUGACCUGAACAAAUUCGCGUACUUCGACAAUGGCGCCAACAAAAGUCCUCUUAUGAAUUGCCAAAAGGUGGUGGCCAAAGACCCUGAGACUAGAAAAGUCGUGACGGCGCGCUUCUGCCAACUGGACACCGGGGACUCCGAUGCCUGCGACAUCCUGAGGAACAAGCUGCGCAUCCCCAGCGCCGAGGACCAGCGCAAGAAGAGCGAGAGCAAGAGGCGGAAGAACCAGCAUGGUCAGGAUGGCGACGAGGGCGACGAGAUCUCCGCGGCGGAGGCUUUCUUCUGCGACAUUUGCAAGACGGACCGCUGCAACGGGGCGGCGGCCAUAACGCUGGGAUUGGGCUCAGUUCUGGCCAUGAUUAUGAUCCACCUGGGAUUGUAAGGCAAUGGGAUGGACCUACAGAUGGAUGGAUCGAGUGGUUGCAUUUAGGUUGAGUUACCGUUAGCGUUACCCUUGCCGUUUACUUUGUAAAUAUUCGAGUGCAAUGUCGCUGAUUCGUAGAAGUGUUUCAAAGGCACUCACUUAACCCCCCUUACCCCUUCCGCCCUUAACCCUAGAAUUGUAAGCACACUUAGGUACACAAUCCAAUCCCAACACACCGAUACUAAAUACUCAAAGAGAGAGUCGCUUUGAUUCAAAACAAAUAUGCAGCUUUCACUUUGCAAAAUAAAUACCAAAAGAGGUAUACUUAAUCCUAUAUAUCAACGUUUGGAUUUUUAUGCCAAUAGCUCUUACUAUCCAGCUUUAUUAUGUUACUAAUCAGAUUGUUUUUUUACGAGUGCUGGGAGCUAUGAGUAUAGGAAUUCACCAACUGCCUUUGAUUUUCAUAUAAUUCAUAGCAAGCAAUUUAUAGAUGUGAAUUAAACUCGACGUAUGAAGUAGGUAAUUGAAAAGUGCUUAAAUAACAAAUUCCUUAGACGAAAAAACCACAGGCAACAACAAUCAGCUAAAUGCAAGGCGCGAAUUUAAGAUUGAACUACAACCUAUGCAAUAAAUGUUAAUAAAUGUGCAAUUAAUAGAAAAGUUAACGAAAAGCAAUGCAAUAAAUAUUCCGUGAGCUUAGAAAACGCCUGAGAGCCACACUUUAGAAAAAUAAAGUACUUUAUGUUCUUGCGCCCAUUCGAGCAAUCAGUUCUGCUUAGUUUGUAAGCGAGUUUUGAAAUGGAAACGAAAUUUGAACCUUCAGAGCACAAGAAUAAAUGCUGUAUGACAGUAUAACAGAG